AUGGCGAUGAUCGUUGCGAAGAAACGCCUUCGGCUUGUGAAUCUCUCCGAGACUUCCCCUUGUGGAUGGAGAUCCGUUUGCCAAAAAUUGGCCUCUGGCCCUAACCCUAGUGAGAAUCACUAUCCGGGGUUCCAAAGAUACUCUACCAGCGGUGGAUCCGUGCUUCCUUCAAAUAAAGGAAUCGCGUCCUCAAAUGUCGUAUGUAUGAUAGAGGUGGUGCAUGUGGUGAUUUACUUCAACGCUAAUGAUUAUCCCCAAGGUGGUCUUCUUCCUGCAUCUUUCUAUCGGAAGAAUUGUUUCUCAAAUACGGAGCGGAUUGUUUCUAGCAAAACCAACUUGAAGAUGGUUGUGGGAUCGCUAUAUCUACCAAAGGAAGACAAGUUGAAACCCAGAGGGGAAGAUGCUCACUUCAUGUGCAUAGAGGAGAAAACCAUUGGCGUGGCAGAUGGCGUCGGCGGGUGGGCUAAGAUGGGUGUGGAUGCCGGAGAAUACUCCCGGGAGCUCAUGACUAACUCAACCAUUGCAGUUCUUAACCAGCCCGAAGGAGCUGUGGAUCCAAAACAGGUUUUGAAUGAAGCUUAUUCGAACACAAAGGCUCAAGGAUCAUCAACAGCUUGCAUAAUUACACUCAAUGGCCAUCAACUAGCAAUUAAUAUGGGAGACAGUGGAUUCAUGGAGGUUCGAGGCGGAAGAGUGAUGUAUCAAUCCCCUGUUCAGCAAUGGAGCUUCAAUUGCCCAUAUCAAUUGGGAAGUAGCAAGAAGGACCAUCCAGACUUAGCAAUGUUACGUACCAGCUCGUGGAACACGUCACGGCCUAUACUUGACAACUACGAUUGCUUGAAGCUUUUAAAGCUGAAAAAUAAUCUCCAAAAACUCACGACCGCUACAUCUAAUUCCCGCUGUGAAUUGGAAUUGGAAGAAGAAGCAGGGGACAUUGUUGUAGCGGGAACAGACGGGUUGCUUGACAACAUGCACCCAAGUGAGAUUGAAGAAAUAAUAAGGCCGUGUUUGGCAGAAGACACAGAUUCAGAUCCACAACAACUGGCUGAAAGCAUUGCCAACCUUGCUUUGUACAAGUACGCCGACACUCCCUACGCUCGGGCGGCUAGAAAAGCAGGGCACCGCCAUCGCAGGGGCGGCAAAGUGGACGAUGUCACUGUCAUUGUUGCCUUCCUCAAUCCAAUAUUACCGCAGCAAGAUUGCCAGUUGAUCAAACGCUGA